AUGCAACAGUGGAGAGUUAAGGAAGCUGAUUUUUCUGGUGAUGUGCAGAUUGGUGAUGAUGGUGGAAAGGAGAAUCCGUUAACAGAGGGGCAGGAAGCUGGGGCAGUAGAUGUGGUUCAGCGAUCUGAGGAAGUUCCUGGUAAUGGAGGGGAAAAGAGAUUGAAUGGGGAGAUGCAGAACACUGAGGAAGCUACUGAUAAUGGUGGAAUGGAGAAUCCGAUGAUAGUGGGGCAGGAAACUGGGGGAGUUGUAGAGGCAGAGAAUUCUUCUGUAGUGGAAGCUGAGGUGCAACAGGAAGAACAGAUUAUUGAAACUGACACUACAGUAAAGAAGAAACAAGGGGGUGAUGGUGAUGAGUCCACUCCCGAAGGUGAGACUAGUGCAAAUGAGAAGAGUGUUGCUGUUCAAGCACCUUCAUCAAAUGGGGGCUCUCUGAUAAACCGUUAA